AUGUCAACGAUGGCUGAAGAUAAGGAAUUACCACCAUUCACUUUGGCCAAUGUAUUGGGAGAUAUCAAGGAUGGAAUCAACGUUAUCCUUUUUGAUCCCAGAGGAAAGACAAUUGUUGGACCCAUUGUGAUUUUUUUGAUGUCAAUUAUAUCAAAAAUCGUUAUCUCAUCGGUGCCUUAUACUGAGAUCGAUUUCAAGACCUAUAUGCAACAAAUCGCUUUAGUCAACGAAGGAGAGUUAGAUUAUAGUGUUAUUCAAGGUGAUACCGGCCCAAUUGUUUACCCUGCAGGAUUUGUUCAAGUAUAUCAGUUUAUUUCAUGGUUAACUAAUGGAGGUGAAGAUAUCCUAAGUGCUCAAGCAUUAUUCAGUUAUUUGAUGAUAUUUACCACCAUCAUGGCCAUGUUGACUUAUAGUGACGCACCGCCAUGGACAGUAGGAUUGUUAUUAUGUUCAAAAAGAUUAGUAUCUAUUUAUAUUCUUAGAUUAUUCAAUGAUUGUUGGACAACUUUUGCUAUGGUAGGUGUGGUAUUGGUUUUACAACAAUUGGCUUAUUGGCAUAAACAAUUGGGACCUGUUUAUACAUUUAUUGGAAGUUGUGUGGCCAGUGAUAUCUUCAGUUUAGGUAUUUCAGUGAAAAUGAAUGCUUUACUUUAUUUACCAGGAUUUAUCAUAGUGUUAUAUUUUUUAAACAAUGAAAAUAUGUUAGCUACUUUAGGAGCUUUGGCUGUGAUCCCUUUCAUUCAAGUUAUGGUAGGAUGGGAUUUUUUACUUCCAAUGUUCAAUGAUGAAACUGCCAAGUAUUUAAGAUGGACUUAUAUCACCAACGCUUUCAAGUUUGACAGGAAAUUUUUAUACGAAUGGACUGUCAACUGGAGAUUUGUUCCUGAAGACAUCUUUUUAUCAGAUAACUUCAGUAAUGGAUUAUUAUUGGCCCAUUUGUCCUUGUUGUUGGCGUUCGUAUUCACCAGAUACUUAUCACCUCAAAUCACCGGUAAACCAGUUUCUCAGUUAUUCAAAGAUAUGUUCAAAUUGAAAGGAACCAUUUCCCCUAAGAAUUUGAUCAUUGACAGAAAAACCGGACCAAAGCUUAUCUUGUUAAUAUUAUCCACUACCAAUGUCGUGGGGAUACUUUGUUGUCGUUCAUUACAUUAUCAAUUCCUUUCAUGGUAUUGUUGGCAAUUACCUUACUUAUUAUCAAUGACCGGAUGGCCUUUCUUGGUAAGUAUUCCUGUUUGGUUCAUUCAUGAAUGGUGUUGGUUGACUUUCCCAUCCACGCCAAUCAGUUCAGGAGUGUUGGUGACCAUUUUAGCCCUGGUGUUGGUUUCUGUUUGGAAUAAUAAAUCUUUAUGGCACCCUAUCAUUAGUUCAGAGAAGAAGGACCAAUAA